AAGUUAUUCCUUAUACCGAAUCAAAUUGUUGAUUAACUUUAAACGCCUAUCAAUUAUGGAGCAUACAAUCCGGACUAAAUUUAUUCCCCAACAAUUAUUAUAUUUUAUUGCUGGUCGGCGCUGCUGUCAGCAAUUUGCUUGCACAUUCCGAACCUCUGAGCACAAUAUACUGAUUAACUCAGCACAUACUUUGGGCUUACGUUCGCAAAUCACAUUAAUAAAUGGGCAGGAAUGUGUUAAGGUAUUCAAACCGAAAUGCAAACACUUUAUUGAAGAGCCAAAAUCCUUGACAUUGUCUCCCCCAACUAUAAUUGACAUGCUCACACAUUUGGCGCGUACGAAAGCUGUAGGAAAGGAUGAGCUACCGAAUUGUGCGGAUUAUUUUGGCGGACAUUGGAGUGUGAAAAUUCCGUCACUUCACAUUCCUUUGACAGCUCUGACGCAACCAACAGUACGCCUUAAAACGGAAAAACGUAGCAAGCUCUUGAGGAAUGGCUCACUCUACUCGCAGCACGACGACAUUCUUGGCUCAAUUUAUGGUCAUCGCGUGACCAUGUUUGAUGGCAAUCUUUGCUUGGACAAAUCCAUAUUAGUGCCGCUACUAAUUUUGGAAGAUUCUGAAUCUAAAAAUAUCAACAUAAAAGUAAUUUGCAUCGAGAAAGAUAACAUUCUGGCUACAUACAAUUGCGAGCGUUUCGCCGAAUGUUUGGCUGAAAAUAUUGGCGAAACUGUGGGCAUCCAAGUGCCUCAGCAUAAUAUCAUAAGCUCUGCAACACAAGUCGUCUACACAACUGCCAAAGCCUUCAUGCGCUCUUUAUUUAACAAGAACUCCAAGAAGUUCAGUCAAAUUAGCCACUUUGUUAUCAAUGAUGUACACCUACACGAUCCUUACACCGACAUUCUGCUCUAUGAAUUGAAGCAAGCAUUAAAUAUGGAUCGAAAUCUGAGAAUCAUAUUACUUUCACAAGAAUGUGACUCAAUGCGAUUUGUGAACUUCUUUGGCGAAGGCACGAAGUUCUGCAUGGAGCCUCUGAGCCAGAUAAGCCCCAACAUUUGUUAUUUGGAAGAUAUCCGUAGGCUUAUUGCAUUGACCGAUAUUCAAAAGGGCCCAGAGAUUUACAAAAAGCAGCGGCAAGUGUUCAGAAAUAAAAACCAGAGAAACGAACAAAUAGAUAAAUGUCUACAGGCAUACGAGGAGAUUGGCAGCGAUGUGGCUAUCCGUCCGUUUCUUUACUCGAUCAAUUAUGAGUCGGUUCCGGUUAACUAUCAACACUCGGUUACGGGCAAAACGGCUAUUUUGAUUGCCUCGCAGCUGGGCAAAGCGAAUCAUCUUCGAUUGUUGUUGUUUAUGGGUGCAAAUCCAUACAUUUCGGACGCACAACACGAAAACGCAAUAACUGUUGCAGCUUUGAAUGGAAACGCGGAAUGUAUUGAUAUACUUGAAAAUUUUGAGCUUCAUGGUUACGUUGUUAAAGAUGCCAAACCAGAAUUUGUUGAUUUUGAUCUUAUUAUCGAUCUAAUGUAUCUUAUAUGCACAAAGUCUGACUUCUCACCAGGAAACAUAUUGAUCGUUUUGCCGACUUUUUACCAUAUAGUAAAACUUAACUAUAUGCUGUUAGGCCAUUUAUUGACAGGCAAUUUGCCAGAGUUUUCCAUAUUUUUGUUGCACGAGAACAUGGACAAGGAAUAUUUAUGCUCUUUAGUCAAGUCUCGCAAGGAGAACAAGAAGGUCGUUUUAACCACCGACAUAAUCGAGUCCUUGCCACUUCCAGUAUCCUUUCAAUAUCUAAUAGACACAGCAUGCCAGAAAAGAACCUUAUACGAUGGUAUCAGCAUCAGUUCUGAGGACAGAUAUGAAUGGGUAGCAAAGGAUUGUCUGCUUAGAAGACAAUCGAUUCUUGAUGCUGAAGCUGUUUCUGAAAAACACUGUUUUCGGCUUAUAUCAAAAGAUGCAUUCCAAAUGCUAAGCGGAACGAGCAAGCCUCUACUGCAGACAAUGCAUUUGGACAAAAUCUGUUUGACUGUCAAAUUGUUGUCGCCGAACACGAUUAUUAGUGAAUAUUUAAGCUUAACUAUUUCACCGCCGCCAUUAAUCAAUGUACACCAGACUGUGCAGUUUCUCAAAAAGAUUGAUGUGUUAGAUGAAUCCGAGGACGUGACAUGGUUAGGCUGUCGCCUAAUAGAUAUUCCUGUGCCUUGCCAACUGGGCCGUACUUUAAUUUUUGGCAUAUUGCUACAAUGCUUAGAUCCGAUAUUAACUGUUGUCAGUUCACUGAUCACGUCAGACCCACUGAGCAUACCUUCCAAUGAAGAAAUCGACUGCAUGUGGGAUGGAUUUACCAUUUACAUUCAGAAUCGUAUUAAAAAUGAACGUGCACGUUUAGCGGAAGACCAAUUUUCGGAUCAUUUAAUUUUCGUUCGUCUGUUUCAAGAGUGGCAAAGCCGUUUUAAAAAUGACAAGCAACCAUUAUACCUUACCGAUGACUACGAGUUCAUGCUCAAUGGCCUAAUGGAACAGCUGAAUUUAACCCGCAUCAGACUUGUUAGUGCGCUGCGAGCUGCCAAUUUGAUACAUAGCCAGGGACAAUUAAGUAUACAAAACCUCAACACCAAAUCGGGCAGCUGGCCUUUAAUAAAGGCGGCACUUACUGGCGGCAUGUAUCCCAACAUUUGCGCAGUAAAUGAUAAGCAAAUAUACCUCAAUUCGGCUCAGUCAAGCAAGGUGCAUUUGCACUCCAAUACGGUACUUCGGGACUUUCUGGAACCAUUUCAAAUAUCCGCUCAGCGCAUUUGCACGCAUUGGAUGGUCUGCACGAAACAGAAGAACAACGUAAAGUAUGCAACUGUUGUAGUUCCUCUAGCCGUAGCCAUGUUUGCGGGCUCAACAAAGUUGGGACUUGGACAGAUUACAGAGAUUCAGUCGCCGUCGGAUAAAAGCAAGAUUCAUUUUUUUAUAGACGAGUGGAUAUGGCUGGUGGCGGCCAAGUCCGAUAUCGAGUUGGUGUUGAAAACACGGCAACAAUUCUUUAAAGUGUAUCAUAAAUUUCUUAAAAACUGCACCGAAUUGGAGAAGUGGCGUAGCGAAUCGACCAACUCGAGGCAACAUUUACUGCUCGAAACGUUGACUACAAUAUUUACAAAUGAAGACGCAGCUGCCGGGCUUAAAGAGUGUUCCUACAUUGGUUUUCGACCCACUCUAAAGUUACCGGCCCUAUAUAUGCUCAGCGUCAAUUCGCAUUUCACUUGGCAACAAACAGAAACUGAUUUAACGAAUAGAACACCUGGUUUUGAAAGUAUAUUACAGCAUACUGAAAAACAUUAUUUUUUGCUUUACACAGAACAUAACCCUGGGCAGUUUUACAAAAAAAGUGAUGCGUCCUAUAUUGAAAGUGUCAUAGGCAAGUUUGCCAGGCCGAUUGAAUCACCUAGUCGACAUAUUUACGUGAUUUUGUAUUCAAAGAAACCAGAUAGAAUCAUAAGCAUUGGCCGAGCCAAAAGUCAAAAGGGUGAAUUCAUCUUAAAAGAAUAUUUCAGGAAUGCAAUCCCAUUGAGCGAAAUUUUGCAGGCCUGUGCAUCUUUAAAUGUGAAAGCUCCCAGCUUUGAUGGUCGCCUAGUGUCAAUACUCAUCGACAAAAAGGUUGGAAAUUUAAUUAUGGAUUUAUUUGCUUUUCGACACCAUUGGAUACACAAAUAACAGCUAAAGUUAAUUUUACAAU